AUGGCUACUAGUACUACAGCGAUGGCUACUACUACUAGUACGACUACUCCCACUGGUGGGAGUCUUUUCCCCGAUGAUGCCAACGUUACGUACGAGAUGCGUAUACUAGAUGGUAUACUUGCAUUUGCGUACGCUCUGCAUACGGCCACGUUCUUCCCUGCUAACACCACCCUCAUCGUGGAAAAGCUGAGAAUACUGAAGGAAAAUCUUUUACCAGUCAUUGUGUCCGUUCAUCCCGACAAGGAAUUCCGUAAGGACGUCAGUGGUCUUCUCGGCAAUAUUAGCAAAAGUUCUGGCGCUAUUACUAAGGAUCAAUGGAUGGCUAUGCUUGAUGGAAUCGCCCCCAGGCGUAUGAGGCAGCAGCCUGAUGCUUUCUGGAAACACUGCAAGAACUUCAACUGUGGUUUGUGGCAGUUUUUCCAUGCGCUCACCUUGGGAGUUGACAUGAAGUUUUCGGCGACUACUGCGAAGGAUUCUAAUGGGGAAAAGGUCAUGGAGACGAUCAAGUCCUUCGUCACAUAUUUUUUCAUGUGCCACAGCUGCGCACAGCACUUCAUUAAAGGGUAUGAUAACUGUGUUGGUGAAAGGUGCACUAUGCCCAACCCUGAUAGAAGGCAUACAGCACUGUGGCUAUGGCGCGUCCAUAAUAUG